GCCCGCACUCCCGGCCUGGGGCUGUUUCUGGACGACUCCGCCAAACAGAGCGGCGUGGGUGGGAUUCCGGGUGCCGAGCCCUGCCCCCUCCUAGAGACGCUGCGCGUGUGAGCGGCCCGGCUCCGUUUGAAUUUCCGCUCCUCGGGAGUUGCGGAGCCCACAUCGCUGAAGCUGCCUAGGUGAAGAGCCACUUUUUUCCCCCCUCCUGCUGGGAGAGUAGCCGUCUCUGGGACUUGUUUCAGAUCCCAUCUUCUCUGCAAAUCACCAGGUUGCAUCUUCCCUGAUCGGAAUACAUUUCUGAAAAGGACAUGGAUGAAAAUGAAAGCAGCCAGUCCCUGAUGACGAGCAGCCAAUAUCCCAAAGAAGCAGUAAGAAAACGCCAAAAUUCAGCCCGGAGCUCUGUAGGAAGUGAUUCUUCUAGGUUUUCCAGGAAAAGUUUCAAACUGGAUUACAGACUAGAGGAAGAUGUAACUAAAUCAAAGAAAGGAAAGGAUGGCAGAUUUGUUAACCCAUGGCCGACGUGGAAAAAUCUCUCCAUUCCAAACGUUCUCAGAUGGCUGAUAAUGGAAAAAGAUCACAGCAGUGUUCCAGGCUCCAAGGAGGAACUUGAUAAAGAGCUCCCGGUGCUGAAGCCGUAUUUUAUCGACGAGCCCGAGGAGGCUGGCGUGCGGGAGGCCGGCGUGCGGGUCACGUGGCUGGGACACGCCACGGUGAUGGUGGAAAUGGACGAGCUCAUCUUCCUCACCGACCCCAUCUUCAGCUCUCGCGCGUCACCGUCACAGCGCGUGGGUCCCAAGCGGUUCCGCCGUGCACCCUGCACCGUGAGCGAACUGCCCCCGAUAGACGCGGUUCUCAUCAGCCACAACCACUACGACCACCUGGACUACAACUCCGUCCUCGCCCUGAACGAGCGCUUCGGCCCGGAGCUCCGGUGGUUCGUGCCGCUGGGCCUCCUCGACUGGAUGCAGAAGUGCGGCUGCGAGAAUGUGAUUGAGCUGGACUGGUGGGAGGAGAACUGUGUCCCCGGCCAUGAUCAGGUCACCUUUGUCUUCACCCCUUCACAGCACUGGUGUAAAAGGACUCUUAUGGAUGACAACAAGGUUCUGUGGGGCAGCUGGUCUGUCUUGGGGCCCUGGAGUCGGUUUUUUUUCGCAGGAGACACUGGUUAUUGCCCGGCUUUCGAAGAGAUAGGAAAACGGUUUGGCCCCUUUGACCUCGCGGCUAUUCCCAUCGGCGCAUAUGAACCCAGGUGGUUUAUGAAAUACCAGCACGUAGACCCAGAAGAAGCUGUGAGGAUUCACAUUGACGUUCAGACAAGGAAAUCUGUGGCAAUUCACUGGGGAACUUUUGCCUUAGCAAAUGAGCAUUACUUGGAGCCCCCAGUGAAGCUGAGCGAGGCUCUAGGAAGAUACGGACUUAAGACGGAAGAUUUUUUUGUCUUGAAGCAUGGAGAAUCCAGAUACCUCCAUACUGAUGAGGACAACUCCGAAUAAAUGUGAGCGCAGGAGCCGUCAGUGAUGAAGGUAUCUGCAAAGCUCAGACGGACUCACAAAUGCAUGAACCCGAGGAUUUCCGACACUUAGGAAAUAACUUUGACGAGUUAGUGUUCUGUUUUGCGUGGUAACUUGCUUGCUGCUCCGCCUGCCAAUCCUUACAAAGAAGCAGGAGUUCUGAGGUGGGUUAUUUACACAGCGGAUUGGCGAAGGGGAAUUAAAACCCUCUGAAUAAUGUAAGCAUUGCAAUGGAAUUUUUUUCUUUUUAAUAUUAUAGUGUAAUGGUAGAAGUCGGAUGUUAUGAAAAUGGAUUUUAAGGUCUCAUUUCUGUCCUUCUGGUUAAGGGCCUCCUACAAGGUGAGUCUAUCUAACGAGAUGGUUUCAGAGGCUGCACACCUAAACCCAUUUUCUAUUCACAUUAGAGGACGUGAGGACACCGCCACCCACACGCUUACAGCAGCCCUCCCUGCUUGGUCAAAUUAGCUUAUAUGCCAGAUGUGCAAUGAUUUAUUUUUUUAAGCAUAGAAACAUAAGAGGUUGGGCGAAGUUCCCAUUUUUAAAGACAUACUUUUUUUUAAAAGAGGAAGAGUAUUUUCUCUUUUACAUCUACAAUCCCCAAAUCAGAAGCAAAGCUGGUGAGGGACAGGGAAGGGGGUUGCUUAGGAGGACAUGAUUGGUGACAUUUUCUAUUUUUAAUCUAAAAGGCAGACCUGCUAAGCACAAAGAUAGCUGCCAGGAAAUAAUAUUUUACAAAGACAAAUGCUGUUCUUCAAAUGUUAAUUCUCUAUUCCAUUUUCUCUCCAUCUACUCAUUUUCCCACCUCCUUUAUUCCAACUAUGAAUGUAUCAAUAAGGUCUAUGUAGUUUGUUUUACAGGAUUCACGUGGCUUAUAUUUUUAUAUUGAGUGACCUCUAAGCCCGAUUCUACUUUGACUAAGCUAGUGUGGAACACUAGCAGUUAAGAAAGAAAUGGUUUUGGGGAAUUAGCUGACCAGAGUUUAGUCCUGUAGGGGCUCUGUGGCCCUUGACAGCUCUACCUACCACCAGAGUUGAUCAGACACAUGAGAGGCCCAUCCUGUGCUCCUGGCUCCCCAGUCUCCAUGAAGCAAACAUUAUUUACACAAAAUAAUCAAAACAGGUUUUCUACAGCAAAUGCUACCCAGGCGGUAAUCUAUUUAUUUUCACAUACAUAUAUAGAUAUAUGCACGCCAUCUGUUAGCCACUUAAUCUCAGUUUUAAUCCCGUUUCCACCACAGAUUUUCUGUGUAUCCUGCAGUAAGUCACCUGUGCUCACUAUGCCUCAGUUUCCUCACGUGGAACAAGAAGACAUUUGACCUACCUCCAAAAAAUGUGAAUAAGUAGUGUUUUUUUUUUUAAGCACUUUGAAAAUACAAGAGAGAACAUUAUUUCUUAAGACAUCACUGCCUAAUAUAGAUUGGUAGCUCUGAAAGCUAAAAAUAGGCUCAUGCUGCUUUUGAUAGUGUCUUGUUGCUGCAGAUUCAAGCAUAUAUAUAUUUAGGACAUGAAACCCUGAGGACAACUUUGUCUCCUUUGUAAAUUUAAAGAGUGAUAGCCAAAAUAAAUGUCAAUGAUCUUUAUCAGAAUUUAGCAUUUUUAUCUUACAGAGAUGCAAAUCAGUCCAGGGGAAAUGUGUAUAUAUAAAGUAUGUGAAUGUGUGUGAUUUGGGGCACUAAAAGCACAAUUUCCCUGUAACAUAACCUUCAGGAGAAAAGCAAGAGAACAGCCCUAAACCUUUUCACUCCAAAGGAACAUCCUAGCAAGCAGAUGGGAAUGGAGCUGGUAUGUUGAUGGGGAUGAGGUUGCGGGGGAGCGGGGCUGGUGUCCUAAUGCUCACCUGUGUGGUUGCCUUCCCUGCUGUUGUACGCCGCGUUGAGAAUUCACCUCUUACCUCUGCUCUGUGAAGCAGACCAAGUUCGUCUUACUUUGUCUUCUCCAUGAAUGGCCUUAACAUGAUCCCUGCAUUCACGUGUACCGUGGAAGUGCAGGUUUCUAAGCACUUUGCUCCAGUUCCGCUUAACGGGCCUGCCGCGUUUUCCUAGGUCCGAUCGCGAGCUUUAGUUUCUAUUACCCUUCACCUUCUUUCUAUGCUGACCUUUUGUUUCUCAAAGAAGUACGUGGGAGCUUCAUCUCUUCUCGUAGAAUCACAUUUGUUUCACGUGGCUUCCAUGUUUUCACUUAGCUACCUUUUUGCAAGGUUUAAAUACAAAAGCAAAACGAAAUUUUAAAAAAUAAGCCAAAUCCACUCUCUUGCCUCCAUUGAGUGUGAGGUGUGGCGUGAUGCCUCUCACUCCGUCGUCUCUGAUCACUUUCAUUUUGCUCUUUUGAUUAGCUGGCACCCCCUGGACCCCAACAGGUUUAACGGACGAGCCCCCGUGAUAAAGAGGCUCCUCCUUGCCCAGAGCAGGGAUCCCUCACUGCGGGCCGUCUCAGCCAACAAAAACCAAGAUGUGCCCUGACCCCAACAAAGAUCAGGGUAGUUAAAAAGGACUCCCCUUUUUUCUCUAGCAUUCUGACAUUUCAGACUCCACGCUCUGAUCUCCAGGAAAUGGUAUUAGCUACUCAAACUAAAAACAGAAAACAAGAGAUGGGGUUUUAGAAUCCAGUGCUGCUGAAGCCCAAUCCUAUUUUCUAAUCCGGUGCCCAUUUGACUAUGUAUUUUCAUUAAAUAAGGAGGCAGAUUAAAAAAUUCAUUUUAAAGAAAUGUGCCUUUCAGGGAAUGAGGACUUUUGUCAGCACCGCAAGCCUAAGCAGUGUUCUCAGCCAGCAUCUAUCCCCAACUGCUGUAGCUAGCCGGGAACGUCCGUGCUUUCACCUCUCUACUGUAAAAAUACUUCUUGCAAAUUUGAUUUCUGUGUCAGGCUAGCCCUGAAAACACACUUUUCUGUUUGAGGAUUUGUGACUUCCUAUGGAAAUCCCUGUAUGUACAAAUGAGAUCUAAUGUACUCGCACAGCUUUGCCUUAAAUACCCGGAGCAGGAAAGCUGCGGCCUGCACACUGACGUGCCUCGUACUGGGCAUGGUGAUGGGGAAGAACUGGAAUAUUACAGAAGACCUGGCUGAACCGAAGUCUGUUAAUAGUAUUUUUAUUCCAUAAGCUAUUGUGACAAUGACUAAAAUUUACAAUAUAUGAAAAUCUCAGCUAUGUAAAAUAUGAAAAUUAAUGAAUAAAGUACUAUUAAGAGAAAA